AUGACCGACAUCGCAAAAUUCGAGCAAUUUGGACUGAACACGUUCUACAAUGGCAUCCCGACACUGGAUAAUGCCAGUGACUGGUUUAAGUGGAAUCAGAGGGUCAAUGAGUUCAUUCGAAUAUCGGCCGUUGCUGACGAUGGAACGACUCCCCCGAUUGAAGAAGAAGAAGCGCAACAAUGGAUUCAUCGCCAAAGAUUCUACUCUGCAAUGAUCACGGCAAAGCUGACCUACAAUGCGGCACAAAGGAUUAACGCCUUUGAAAUCUCUCGAGUCCAGACACUAUUAAAAGCAGUUAAAGACAACUUCAAACCAGAAGGCACUGGUACCUAUGUGAACCUUCAGCGACGGUACAUGUCGCUCACACGAGAGAAAUGCGGAAGCGCCCAGGCUCUUAGAGCCGAGAUCAGGAAGAUCCACGCUGAGAAACUUCUCCUUGACCCUGACUGCGUGAGCUCCGAGAUUGAGCGAACAUUCUUCUUCGUGCAUGCAUUAGGCCCUGAGUAUGAAAGUUUCCGUGACCACAUAUUUCGGCAAAUGGACCUCGUCAACGAAAGAGAUGCCAAUGGCAACAUCACAAAAGCGGCACCUACGCAAUCGAGGAAGAGCAUAGGAAGGGGCAAUUGA